UCAGGAUGGCUAACAGGGUGGCUUCCUACCUGGUGUCCUACGUCUACAUCACACCUUAAAGAAGCUGAAGAGAAAAUGUUAAAAUUUCUAGGCAUGUAAUACCUUCAUAUGCUAGAGUGGAGAGAAGUCAGGAGGUCAUAUGACUUGCCAAAGACUUUAACCACAGAUACUUGAGGCUUGUCUAAGGUGUCCCCUGCACUUACAAGAAAGAGCCUGUUCGCAUAUCCAAUGGAAACAGAAUAUGGACACUAAUGUUCUCUCACGACAUUUCUAGUAAGACACCACUUGUCCUCCUCCAUGGUUUUGGAGGAGGUCUUGGACUUUGGGCCCUGAAUUUUGAAGAUCUAAGCACCGAUAGGCCUGUCUAUGCCUUUGACCUGCUGGGCUUUGGAAGAAGUAGUAGACCUAGGUUUGACAGUGAUGCGGAAGAAGUGGAGAAUCAGUUUGUGGAAUCCAUUGAAGAGUGGAGAUGUGCCCUCAGGUUGGACAAAAUGAUCUUGCUUGGACACAACCUGGGAGGGUUCUUGGCUGCUGCUUACUCACUGAAAUACCCAUCAAGGGUUAGUCACCUCAUUUUAGUAGAGCCAUGGGGUUUUCCCGAGCGACCAGAUCUUGCUGAUCAAGAGAGACCAAUUCCAGUCUGGAUCAGAGCCCUGGGAGCAGCAUUGACUCCCUUUAACCCCUUGGCUGGCCUCAGGAUUGCAGGACCUUUUGGGUUAAGUCUAGUGCAGCGCUUAAGGCCUGAUUUCAAACGGAAGUACUCGUCUAUGUUUGAGGAUGACACGGUGACGGAGUACAUCUACCACUGCAACGUACAGACCCCGAGUGGUGAGACCGCUUUCAAAAACAUGACGAUUCCUUAUGGGUGGGCAAAACGGCCGAUGCUUCAGCGGAUAGGAGAUUUGCAUCCUGACAUUCCAGUUUCUGUGAUCUUUGGUGCCCGAUCCUGCAUAGAUGGCAACUCUGGUACCAGCAUCCAGUCACUGCGACCCAAAUCCUAUGUGAAGACAAUAGCUAUCCUUGGGGCAGGGCAUUAUGUGUACGCAGAUCAGCCAGAAGAGUUCAACCAGAAAGUCAAGGAGAUCUGCCACACGGUAGACUGAGCACACCCAGCUGUGGGAGCACCUGUGACUGACACCAUUCUUGAGCAAAACCCUACAACCACGGGAAGAGUAAGAAGUACAACUCAAGAACCAGGCAGUCUCCUGGACUGGACUCUUCUGGACUUAUGACGUCACUUCCACAUUUAAACCAAUUAGUGCCUUCUAGAAGAAUGGCUUUCCUUUCUCCUACACAAAAUUGAAAUACACAAAAGUCUUCCAAUUUAAUAGUAGCCUUAAAUAAAGGUUAUUUGUCCUUCUGA